AUGCUCGGUCCCCUCAACACGGUUCGGGUCGCCCUUAGGUACGCGCAGUACGACAACGACUUCAGUCGCUCGCUCUUCAAGGUCGUCGGGAUCAAGUUCGUGGUGAACGUGCGGGGGGAGGCACGGAAGAUCAGCAUUUCCACCAUCCUCCUCAAUAUCGGCUCCAGUUUUGGGAUCUUCAAAAUAGCGAAGGCUCUAUGCGACCGAUUGGCGAAAUUCAACAGCGGUACCACCAGGGUCAAGAUGAUCGAUCCUAAACGUCAAUACCAGGUACCCUGCAUCACUCACGUUGAUCUCAUCCUGCCUCUUCGGGGACAGGGUCCUGGGCAGUAUCCGCUGAGUAAGGGUGAAAAGAAGGCAGGUGGUAAGGCCGAGGCAGAGGCCGCCCCGGCCGAGACCAAAGAAAAGGAAAAGAAGAAGCCUGAGAAGAAGGAGGAGAAAGAAAAGGACAAGGAGAAAGAUAAGGAGAAGCCAAGAGUUCCCAGACCUGCUGCUGCAAAGAGGGAGCGUGGCCCACCUCGAGAGAAGAAGGAAAAGGUAGCAGGAGCAGAACGGGCUGUGGAGCGAGCCAGAAAGAUUCAGAAGAAGGUCAUCAAAGGCCCUCAUGGAACCAAGGUCAGGAAGGUCAGGACCAAGGUCCGCUUCUACCGGCCAAGGACGCUCAAGCUUCCACGAAACCCUAAAUAUCCCAGAAAAUCUCACCAUGCUCGCAACAAAAUGGAUGCAUGGAGCAUCAUCAAACACCCACUGACAACUGAGUCUGCAAUGAAGAAAAUUGAAGACAACAAUACCUUGGUCUUCAUCACUCACAUCAGGGCUAACAAGCAUCACAUAAAGGCUGCCGUGAAGAAGCUGUAUGACAUCGAUGCAGCUAAGGUCAACACGCUCAUCAGGCCUGAUGGGAAGAAGAAGGCAUAUGUGAGGCUUGCACCAGACUAUGAUGCCCUGGACAUUGCCAACAGGAUAGGGAUCAUCUAAGUGAGAAUUAAGUCUCAAAUGGUGAAAUUCCUUCAUUGUUGGUCUGCUGGUCCCUGUCUGAGAAUUGAAAUAUAUGAAUGAAGGUUGUUUCUCCAAAAUAA